CCAUAGUCCAACAUUCCUACUGGAAAAUAUAUCUUAGGCACCUUUGGAAUGGUUCAGUGUGCAGAUAAUUUUUAGUUUAAAUAUCUAAUUAGAACCGUAUGAGAAGCAAUACUGUCAUUUUUCCCUGCCAGGGGCCUCACCCUGUUCCUAUCAGGAGUCCCUCGGAGCCAGUUCUACCGCCUCUGCUUCCCUUUUCCAGUCAGACAGCCCCUGGCCGCUGCUUAGAAAGUUAACCUCAGGUGGCCUGUGGACCUUCUGUGGGUCCGGAAGCCAGUAGCCAAGGGCGAAGGGCACCUACAGUCCUCUGGGGGCCUCAAUUUGACCCUACUUGCUGUCGGGGCAGAACUAAACCCAUCGCCUUGAGGCAUAACUGGCCCAGCUUUCCUGUCUUUAUGGCUUUUCUCUACAGGUCCGGUCACUACCUUCAAAAUGAAGACGGCACUUCCAAGCGCUCUGACCCGCUUUCCCUUGAGACUAUUUGGGCUCAACGGCGUCCCAUUCCUAGCCCGGGGCGUAGCCCUCACGUGAGGCCCAUAAGCUUAGGACGCCGGGUCUGACUCAGUCUCUCGCAGCCUCUGCAAAACCCCUUGCCAACCCCGUGACUCAGUUUCUCCAUUUGCUCACGCGCGCCAACGGCGUGAGGCACCUGUGCGGAAUGCGGAGGUGCCUCCAACAGCUUCUCCAGGGUACAUGCUCCCAGGCCAAGUCCCAGAGACGGGCAUUUACGCCGUCCAGAGCGCUCCUUCUGGAUGUGUCCUGCACUGGCCUUGGUAAUGAGUUCGUGCAGCCGGAGGUGGCAGUGACUCCGCCAGGUGCACCGGCAGGACUGCUUGGGAGACACAGGCCUGAGGCCCGAUCGCCAUGGUUCCCGAGGGACCCAGGCCAUGGAGGGGCUGCCAUCGAGACGGCCGGUGCCCGUGUCCGUGCCCACUGCCCGCCGCCUGACGCAAUCCGAGGCACCCUUGCUGCAUGCGGGAGCUGGGGAAACCUCCCCCGCCGUUGCAUCACUCCUCAAGGUUUGCUACAGAGGUGGAGCUGAACCAAUCAGCCGGAGAGCUGGGCCCGGGACAGGCCGCGCAGUUACCCACUCAGAGGGCUCCGCGGUUAACCGAGCAGAAAAGUCCGAAGGUGAUUGGCCAGAAGAGAUUUGUCCCGCCCCAAUAACCGCGGCAGCUGGCAAAGGUAGGUGGGGCUUCCUGGCCGGAGGGUUUAAAGGGUGCCUCGGACCGGGCCCCGCAGCUGGAGCGACCAAGCGGUGCCAGGCCAGGUGUGCGCGUCCGUCGGUCCUUCCGUGCCCCCGCCGGAGACCAGCCCCGGAGGCCGCCCGGGCCCGUCCCUGUGCCCGGCACCAUGAAGCAAGAGUCUGCAGCCCAGAACACCCCGCCAGCCUCACCGUACCCCUCGCCGCACCCCCAGGACGACAGCGACCCCCAAGCGUUGUGGAUUUUCGGCCUGGUCGUGUGGUAACCCUCCUUGAAGAUCGUGAGGGCUGCACUUGGGGCGUAGUGUACCAGGUGCGUGGAGAGCAGGUGAAUGAGGCCCUGAAGUACCUGAAUGUGCGGGAGGCAGUGCUCGGUGGCUAUGACACCAAGGAGGUCACCUUCUACCCUCAAGAUAGCCCUGACCAACCACUCAAGGCACUGGCCUACGUGGCCACCCCGCAGAACCCUGGUUACCUGGGCCCUGCACCCGAGAAGGCCAUCGCUACACAGAUCCUGGCCUGCCGAGGCUUCUCUGGCCACAACCUCGAGUACUUGCUACGCCUGGCGGACUUCAUGCAGCUCUGUGGGCCCCAGGCACAGGACGAGCACCUGGCAGCCAUCGUGGAUGCUGUAGGAACCAUGCUGCCCUGCUUCUGCCCCACUGAGCAGGCUUUGGCACUGGUCUGAGGGGCUGAGCCCCUGCAGGGAGUGCCUACGUGGAUGCUGAGGCCAGGUCCCCACUCCCGUGCAUACAGACAGACUUGAUACAGCUGGGGCCCUCUGAGAGACCUUGGUGGUCGGCUGGGAGCCUCUCUUAAGCUCCUGCCUGUCUGCCCCAGCCCCCAGCUCUCUUGCUUGACACUGACUACUUGAAACUUUAUUUAUUGCACCAUGUUGGUGUGGUGGGCAGGGUGGGGGGCCUGCCCUGGACACAGGGGCCCUGCUGAGCGGUGCCCUAUCCCAGGCACCUGGUGCCUGACCAGAUUCCCCCCAGUGCUGCUGCUAACCCCAUACUACCCAGGCCUCUACCUCCCCAGGGAGCCUCCAAGAGCCUUGACCUCUGCCCCCCAGCCCAGACCAACCAUUUCAUAGCUCCAGAAAUACCACCUGCCAAAGGUCCCAGUCUGCUGUUGAGGGUGUGGGAGGGAGUGAGGAGAGGCGGCCCUACAAGAACUGAGGCUCCUGCCAGUCCUGCUCAUCCUCCAGGUGCCCAGGGCAGAGCUGGAUUUGGAGCCCAGACACAGCUGCUGAGGCUGUAUCUGGGCCUCUUACCCAUUUGGCUUUGUUUCCCUGUCCCUCUUUCUGUCUGGACCACUCCUGUCUGUCAGUCUAUUCCUGGGAAGCUCAUUGCUAAAGGCUCUGGAACCUUCCCAGUCUGUCCCAUACCUUUGUCCAUAAACUGAUCUCAUUAUCUA